AUGGAGAAGAGAGAAACGGUGAAGAUGAUAGUAGUGGCCCUCGCUUCUCUCUCAGCUUUCUCCGUCCACUUCCUCUACCGGAGCCGCUGCCAGCGCCCCCAGACUCGCUGUUAUUUACAAGACGAGACAAAGCCGCAGCACGGAUUCAAGCGAGUGCUGGCCGACAAUUCCUACUCGCCGUUCAAGCAUUUGAGCCUCGACGAUUCCAACGGCGACGGAGGUAAGAAUCUGAAUUCGCAUCCGUACGAGGCGGAGAUCACGGCGCUGUUGGAGAGGGCGCCGAUUGAGCUGAAGAGUGUGACGGAGAAAUUUGAAUCGGAGAUGAUCGAGGCGUGUGUUUGGGUGUUGGAGGAGAUGGUUGAGGUUUUGAGUAAAGAGAAGAUAUUUGGGGUUGAUACUGAGCAGCAUAGCUUGAGGUCAUUUUUGGGAUUUACUGCUUUGAUUUCGACUGAGAAGGAAGAUUAUUUGGUGGACACUAUUGCUCUACAUGAUAGUAUGAGCCUUCUGCGGCCGGUUUUCGCCGAUGCUAGUAUUUGCAAGGUUUUCCAUGGGGCGGACAGUGAUGUUCUCUGGCUGCAAAGGGACUUUCAUAUUUAUGUUGUCAAUAUGUUUGAUACUGCAAAGGCUUGUGAAGUGUUAUCGAAACCGCAGAAAUCAUUGGCUUAUUUACUUGAAACUUACUGUGGAGUUGUCACUAACAAAUUGUUUCAGCGUGAAGACUGGAGACAACGCCCUUUGUCAAUGGAAAUGGUGCAAUAUGCUCGAACAGAUGCACACUACCUGCUUUACAUUGCAGGCCGUUUACUUGCUGAGCUGGAUUUGCUGGAUAAUGAUGCUGAUUCUGGACCCAAUGACAACUCACGUUUUGUUCUCGAGGCUAGUCGGCGUUCAAACAUGAUAUGUUUGCAACUGUACACUAAAGACGUAGAAGCUUCAGCUGGAGAGUCUGCUGCUUCAUCAAUAUUUAGCCGCCAUUUAAAUGGUGAAGUAGGCAUUGCAUCAGCAUCUUAUAAAUUCCAGGGGAUUUGGGGAAAUCUGAGUUCAGUGACUUUAGGCUGGAAUGGUAGUUGUUUUAAGAUAAUCCAAGACAGCUUUGAGAAAUGUAGUCCUCUUAUAUGGGUUCAGGCUCGCAUACAUGAUGAAAGCUUGAGGUAUGUAAUAUCAGAUCAGGCUAUUGUUGCCCUCGCAGAAAAAGCUCCAACUGACCCUGCCUACAUGUUAACCAUCAUUGCAGAAGCUUAUGAUAAUGUGGAUUCAAGUCUCAAUUCUGACCUCUCAUCUCCAUCUCCUGUGGUCUGCAGUCAUGUGGAUGAUUUCCAUUAUCUACUCCAGAACAAAAAAGGCAAUCCUGAUGACUUCUUACCCAUGAUUCUUCAUAACUGCCUGGGCCAAAAAGGGAGUUGCCCACUUUCUGUCUUCAACUAUGCUUUACUGGUUAAUUAUAAGAUGAAAGUGACAGUGGUUGCCAAACAAAAUGGGGUCAGAAAUCGAAAGAAAGUAGGUCGAAUGGCUUCUCGAAAGCUGUUUGUUCAACAAUCCUGCAAAGCUCCAGUUUAUCAUAAUUGCAGGAUCUAUGCAAAUGAUGGGCGUUUGCUUUGUUACUGUGACCGCAGGAAGCUUGAAUGGUAUCUUCACCGGAAUUUGGCUAAACUUGUUGAGGACGUUCCACCUGGUAUUACGCUUCUUUUUUAGCCCAAAGGCCGUCCAGAAGAUGACGGCAAUGAUUUCUACAUUCAAAGUAAGUAAAACAUUUGUGUUGGCUGUGGUGAAAGAAAUCAUUACUUAAGGUACCGAAUUAUUCCAUCAUGCUACAGAAUGCACUUCCCUGAACAUUUGAAAAGCCACCGUUCUCAUGAUAUUGUCCUACUAUGCAUGGACUGUCACGAGAUUGCUCAUGCCGCUGCAGAGAAGUAUAAGAGAAAGAUUGCUGCAGAGUUUGGGAUUCCACUUUUUGUUCGUAUAGUGAUUGAUUCGCAACAAACUCAAUCUUUAUCUGGGAAACCUGUGCCUGUAGCAGACGUUGAGGAGGCAGGUGUAUCUCCUUUACAGUUGCGAACAGCUGCUAUGGCUCUCUUGCGCCAUGGACCAACAAUGCCAUCCAAAUGCCGUGAGGAACUGACAGAGAUUAUUAAGACAUUUUAUGGAGGGAGACAAAUCUCUGAAGAAGAUUUAGAAAAGGCUUUGCUUGUUGGGAUGACACCUCAUGAGAAAAGACGACUUCAGAAGAAAAAAGGGUAUUCUUUUCAACAUUCUAGAGAGAGUACUUCUAUAGAUGCAGAGGAGAAAAGUACUGUUAAUACUUCCACAUCUGCCACUCCGGAUGCUUCAGAAGUUGAUACUGUACAUGCAUCUUUCACCAAUGAUGCCGAAGCAUCUGUGAUAUACCAAGAGGAAGAUGUUUCCACAGUGAAGGAUAUUGAUUUGAGCCCCUCCACUUUAAAUCUGAGGAUUGAUGAAAGAGAAUCUUCCAGCAAUGAGAAAAACAUGAAUUCAGAGAUAACCAAAGUGUUCAACACUACACUUGUUUCUGUUGUAAAUGGUGAUGGUACUAAUGACAGGAAAAAUACACAAAAUGAAUCAGUAAUCGGCCAUUCUACUUCCAAACGUAAUCAUAAAUCAAAACACUCCCUGUUAGGACAUGGUCCACAUGGUAAGCAAGUUGUGGAUCAUCUGUUAAAGGAAUCUGGGGAAGAUGGUAUUAGUCAGUUCUGUCAGCGGUGGAGACAAGUAUUUGUUGAAGCUGUUCAUCCGCAAUUUUUACCUUCCGGCUGGGAUAUUACACACAGUGGUAGGAGGGACUUUGGUGACUUCAGCGUCUACAAUCCAACCAAGAAAGCUUCUGCUGCUACUUAAGAGUUCUUAAGUCAAAUGUUGCACUUGCACAUUCGUGACAACCAUAUUCAAUAGGGAAUUCAUUGCUCUUCCCUUGUA